AUGACAGAACCCACUGCUCAGCUGGUGCGUUCAAAUACUUCAGGUAUUCAAUCUUUACCUCCUACACUUGAUCAGAACAACUUCAGAAGAGUGAAGCGCACGGAAGACAACGCUCCCUAUCCAAUUCCUGGACUUGCCACAAACUUUCUCCACAUGCGAGUGAGAGAGGGAAGCAAGAUUCGCAAUCUGCUGCGGUUCGCAACAGCUCGCAUGCAAAGCGAGGGCCGGGACGGCUACGAAGGGUCUCCGAGGCAGGUGGUCUUCACAGGCUCGGACAGAGGGGUCACCAAGACGAUCACCUGUGUGGAGAUCCUCAAACGGAAAGUGGAAGGGCUCCACCAGGUUUCCAAGCUCUACUACAAGACCGUGGAUGAGGUUUGGGAAGGAUCGCAACACGGAGUGUCGGGUAUAACCGUGCAGAGGACAGUCCCUGCCAUCUGCAUCCUGCUCUCCAAAGACCCUCUCAAUCCCCAGGAGCCCGGAUACCAGCCUCCCCAAUCAGCCAGUGCUCCCACAGAGGAUGCUGGGAUAUGCAAAGGCACGCUCAGAUUGCUGCAUUGCCCCACGUCACCCAAGAGACUCUGCUUUGAAGAGCUGACUAAAUAUGAUCCAUGA